AUGUCAACAUGUCGAAGCGAUCUAGGAUCUGCAGUGCUCGAUGGGCACUUGUAUGCAGCAGGUGGAAAAGAUGAGUCAUCCAACCAACUUAGCUCAGUUGAGAAAUACAACCCUCUUACUGAUGAAUGGACCGAAGUGGCUGCAAUGAAGGAGAAGCGAUGGAGAUGUGAAACUCGUCGUUGCCAAUGA